UAUACGUGCAUGCUGUCCGUUGAUUGUGUGAGCGCACGCAUACAGGUCAUGGCAGAAGGAGUCUGUGCCCUUAAACGUUUGUUGACAACAGACCAGAAAGCAAAGGCUAAAAAACAUCUGAAGAUAAUCGCUGCACAAAUGCUUUCGUUAAAACAGAUGGAUGAGGAACAAGCAAAUAACCAACAAAGCAUGAUCAACAUGAUGUUGCAGUUGCGGCAACAAAUCUUUGAGCAGCAACAACAACACCAGCGCCAGCAAGAAUUGAUGCACCAAGAGGUGCAUACGCUGCAACAGCAGGUAAAGCAACAACAGUCGCAGCUGCAGCAACAACAGCCACAGCAGCAGCAGCCAGAAAAUGACGAGGACGACGUACAGCCGUUGCGUCGCCAUUUAAACAAAUUUUCUGACGUAAUUGUAAAAGAUAUUGAAAAUCUAUUUACACUGAAAGAUUUUGUAGACUUUCGUGAGUACAACGAUACCUAUCUUCAAUACAUUCUAAACGUUUAUGUAUCUUUAAACGAUCAUUGAACGCGGAGGGACCCCGAUUUGCCAGCAAUUUUUAGGAUAUUUUUCAAUUUAUCUGACAAUCUCUGAUUUCGAAAGACAGAGUCGGAAGCAAGUCAAGAAGGGAUGAGAACUCGGGAAACGCACUUAGACAAAACCAAUACGCGCGGGCCUUCUCUCACUGCGUACUAAUUGUUCACCGAAAUCGUCGCUUGAAUCAUUUCAAAAUUGCAUAAUUUACUUUUCUUGUUAAUAUAUAUAUAUUUCUCAUUUUUCUGUAUUUUCAACAGCUCGUACUCUCUGUUAACCAAACCAUUUGAUUGUUACGCUUUUCUUUUGAAAUUAUACUUUUUGUUACACCUAAUUAGUUUCAAAUUCAUUCUUGGUUCAAACACACUUCCUUCGUAUACAUUCACGCUUACCAUCUUCGCACGAAUUCUCACGAGGGGCCCGUAUGGGACCAGAGCAUUGACGGACUC